UGGCGUCGUAUGUCCUUCUUCCCGUGGUUCAUCACUAAACAACCAGCGUGCCUUGCGAAAUAUAUUCAAGAUAUCAAAAUGGAUAAUGAUGCAGAGUUAGACUCUACUGUUGAAAGCUCCGAACAUGAUAUUGUUAAAUCAAGUGGUCAGGAAGUAAUUGGGUUAUUUUUGGCUCCACAGCAAGUGUUCUCGUCAUCUUCUGAUAGUAACGAUUUUCAUUCUGGUCAUAAUAAUGGAGUCACGGUACUAACAGACACAGGGAACCUAGAUACGGCUGCUGAGCCAUCCUCGCUAAACACUUCCGGAGCCGACGUCAUGUUGGAUGACGACACGUCUGAAAACCCUCUUGAUAGCAACCAUGUGUCCAAUGAUUACUCAAAUUCUGAUCACCAUGACAACCUUACGGCUAACGACCUCGUAUCUUCGACCGUAGCUGUUGUCACUUCAGAUCCAGGCACGGUGUAUUUAGAUCAGAGUGGUGUGGCUUUGGCUGAACUCUUACCUGGAAGUGUUAGUUUGCCUCCCUCUGGUUCUGGUGAAGCUACUUUUGUACACCAUGCAAACGGAGGCAAUGUUGUCAUAGCAACAGAGUCUGCUUCAUAUGAUGGUAUUGCUAUGGCAACAAUAUCACACACGUCACCUACGGAUCAACAAAUUGCAGCUUUGUCUCAGUUUACUUCAAACAUGGAUACUCAACACGUGACUAAUCACGAUCAUCACGCCACCUUAUAUGUCCUUGAAGAUCCCUCUCAUGAGCAUCAUCACGACAGCGGCUCGUUGAUAAAAAAGUCGUUUCCUUGCGCAGUUGUUGGUUGUUCAAAACAAUUCUCGACUCCGUACCGUCUCAAGGCUCACAUUCGCAGUCACACAGGAGAUAUGUUUGAAUGUGACUCACAAGGAUGUGAUAAAGCUUUUAUCACUCAAAGUGAUCUCAAUAAACACAUCAAAACACAUUCGGGAAUGAAGCCGUUCCAAUGUCAACAUAAUGGAUGUGGAAAAGUUUAUACUACAGCUCAUCACCUCAAGGUUCAUGAGAGAUCUCAUAGUGGAGAAAAACCUUAUAAGUGUACCUACCCUCAUUGUAACAAAGCGUUUGCCACAGGAUAUGGCUUAAAAAGUCAUACAAGAACACAUACUGGCGAAAAGCCAUACAGUUGUCCUGAACCUCAGUGCAAUAAAGCAUUUAAAACGUCUGGAGAUUUACAGAAACACAUUAGAACACACACAGGUGAAAGACCUUUCAAAUGUCUUUACGAAUCUUGUAAUCGUUCUUUCACGACAUCCAACAUACGAAAGGUUCACAUGCGAACACAUACUGGAGAGAGACCUUAUGUUUGUGAAUAUGAAGGAUGUAAGAAGUCGUUUGCAAGUGCUACAAACUAUAAGAAUCACACAAGAAUACAUACAGGUGAAAGACCGUACGUUUGUCAAGUUGAUGGUUGUAAAAAAAGCUUCACGGAGUACUCCAGUCUGUAUAAACAUCACGUGGUUCAUACUCAUAAUAAACCAUACACGUGUAAUAUAUGUGAUAAAACGUACAGACAGGCGUCUACAUUGGCUUUACAUAAGAGAACAACACAUGGUGAUUUAUCUGGUGUCACAAUGGCAGACGGUCACGAAACUUAUGUAUCGAGUUCUGAUGAUCCUGAUUUAAAACGACCUCGUCUUGAGUUCACGAGCACUGAUAAUGGACGUACAUAUUCCAUGGUGAUGUCAUCAGACGAUACGUCAGCAGUAGCGGCAAUGCAAGCUAUAAAUUCGUCACUGAGUGAUAUGUCUGAUGUAACAACUGGUCACAUCACCAUACCUGUUACCAUAACAACUGAUAGCCAACUUCAGGGCGUUCCCGUGGUGAUUACAGAGACCCCUCCGAGUAAUAUAAUGCAGGAGCCUGGGAACGAAAAUGAUAUGACAUCACAAUCUGUAUCUCUUGUCACAUCCGGUUAUAGCUCCGUAUCAAGAUUUAUUUCAACUGACAACGUGGCUUAUGUAUAUGCCACAAUUGGAACAGAAGGUGACGACACUCAAACGGAAGUGUCGUCAUCAACUGAUAUUGAUGCUAAUUUUGAUGCAUCUGACAGUAAACAAGCGUAUCAGGAGAUAACGCAGACCAUCGAUACCGUAGACUCAGCUAUAAAGAUCGUCAAGAGCGUUAAACAGAAUGAAAUUCCCGAAAGUAUAAGAGAACAAGUUCUGUCUGCAAAUUUCCACGAAGAUGAGACUGACACGUCACAUGACAGUAUUGACAAACACGAUCGGUUAAACGACAGCAUUGUUUCAUCCACUAUAACAGAGAUCAGUGUUGGUAAUAUGCUGUGAUGAUGUAAUGGUUUUCACGGUGUUUGGUGUGUCGAUCUGGCAAUGAAUGAAGAUAAUGAAUGAUAAUUUCUUCAUUUUACACUUGCUUUAGGAAGUUGUAGAAUUAAUAUUAAUUUACGUAACUAUUCAUUGGUACGUUUUUACAUGCAA